UGUAAAGUGCAUGACAGCUGUAAACAGACUCCAGUCUUUUCGAAUUGUCUCCAGGGUUGGAUGAAUUAUAGCAAACGUUUCAAAAGCUCAACGUGACAGAAAAUAACUGAAAAGGGUCUACUGUCAAAAUGUUAUGGAGUAAAUCAUUCUGCCGCUACGCUGUGCUCCCCCUGAGCCUGUGGUUCUGUGUGGAAGCAGUGCCCAUCGCUGUGGACAAGACUAAAGUGGAAACCCCAGAGGAGAAACUGGAGGCACCACAGAGUGUGGACACCGGGCUUCACUAUGACCGCUACCUCAGGGAAGUCAUUGAUUUCCUGGAGAAGGACCAGCAUUUCAGAGAGAAGCUCCACAAUACAGACAUGGAGGACAUUAAGCAAGGCAAGCUGGCCAAAGAGCUGGACUUUGUCGGCCAUCACGUGAGGACCAAACUGGACGAGCUGAAGAGGCAGGAGGUGAACAGGCUACGGAAGCUCAUCAAAGCCAAACAAGACGUUGAGGGAAGGCAUGAAAUGAACCACAAGGCGCUGCUCAAGCAGUUUGAGUACAUGAACCACAUGAACCCACACACCUUCGAAGUGGAUGACCUGGAUAAGCUUAUUAAAUCGGCUACCAGUGACCUGGAGAACUACGACAAGAAGCGCCACGAGGAGUUUAAGAGGUACGAGAUGAUGAAGGAGCACGAGAGAAAGGAGCACCUGAAGAACCUCGACGAGGAGCAUCGCAAAGACGAGGAGCAGCACUAUGAAGAGCUGAGGAAGAAACACGCAGACCAUCCCAAAAUCAACCACCCUGGCAGUCAGGACCAGCUGAAAGAGGUCUGGAAGGAGUCAGACGGUUUGGACCCAAAUGAGUUUGACCCCAAGACCUUCUUCAAACUCCACGACACCAACGGAGACACCUACAUUGAUGAGCAGGAGCUUGAAGCCCUGUUCACUAAAGAGCUGGAGAAGAUGUACAGCUCCAAUCUAGAUGAGGAUGACAUGACAGAGAUGGAGGAGGAGAGACUGCGCAUGAGGGAACACGUCAUGAAUGAGGUAGACACCAACAAGGACAGACUGGUCUCCCUGGAGGAGUUCCUGAUGUCCACAAACAAGAAAGAGUUCUUAGAGCCAGACAGCUGGGAGACUCUGGAGCAGGCUCCCGCGUACACAGAAGAGGAGAUUAAGUUGUUUGAGGAGCAGCUGGCCCAGGAGGAGAGCAACCUCAACCAGAAGAACACAGAUCUACAGAAACAGAAGGAGGAGCUGGAGAGGCAGCAGGAUAAGCUCAAUGCCCAGAAAGCUGAGCUGCAGCAGGCCGUGGAACACAUGCAGAUAAUAAAAUCGGAAAAAGUAAACGCCGCUGUUGAGGUUAAAGAUGGAGGAGCUACAGUAGCAGUGCCCCCUGGAGGUCAAGCAUUGCCAGUACUACCAGGAGACAGCCAACCUCUACCCCCUGGUCACCAGCAAGACUUACCUGCACACUCUUAGCAGGCCCGGCAGCUUUUUCUGUGUGUGGAUCUGUGUGUGUUUGCGUGUGUGUGUGUUUACGUGUGCAUAUGUGUUUUUGUGUGUCUAUAAAUCUUGCAAUUAAUCCA